AUGACAGCAACAAACAACAGCAACUAUAUCGUUUCUGAUGAAAAAGUUAUUGAUUCAUUAGCUGAGGAAUUAGUUGUGGCAGAAACUAAAACCCUCAACGAAAGAAUUGGUGAAAACAAGAUUGAUUUACAUAACUACCUCAAACACGAUGGAGGAAGAGGAAGGAAAACUGGUAUGGCUUUAUUAGUAAAUAAAAUUUCAAAUUUAACGAUUAUAGAUGUUGAUAUCAAUAAAUCAUACAAUGAUGAACUUAAAGAAACAGUUAGAAAAGAUAUUUUAUCAAAACUUUCGGAUAAAGACGUUAUAGUUAAAACCGCUUCAGGAGGUCUUCACAUUUAUUGCAACACUAAUUUCUUCUAUGCAGUUUCGAACAGAAUGAUUAAAUGCUAUUCCUGCAAUGAUUAUGAUAUUGACAUAAUGAUUUCUAUGGAUGAUUCAAAGCGUUCUUUAGUAGUUAUGGCUGAUUCAAGAGUUCGCAAGAAUGCAACAGAACCAAUCAAUACAUACUCAUUCAUUCGUGGAAGUUACGAUUCAACAUUAACCAGAAUAGUGAAUGAUAUAUUAAAUGAUUUGAAUAUUAAGGUAAGAGUUGA